GGCCCGAGAAUGACCCGGCAGUGGAAGCCGCGGCAAUGGCGGCUGCCGGCGCCGCCUCUUCCUUAGGCCGCAGUGGGGCUAGCAGGCCUCGCCUGUGUGGGGAGAGCGAACGCGUUGAAACAAGACAGAGGUUUUUUUAAACAUUGACGGCCUGUUCACUAUCAGCAGAAGAUGAAGACGGUUCUUAUGGUAGCGGAGAAGCCGUCUUUGGCUCAGUCUAUAGCCAAAAUCCUUUCAAGAGGAAACAUGUCCUCUCGCAAAGGGCUAAACGGGGCAUGUUCGGUGCAUGAGUACACAGGAUCAUUCAUAGGACAAAGUUCCCACUUCAAGAUGACAUCCGUGUGUGGUCAUGUGAUGACGCUGGACUUUAUAGGCAAGUACAACAACUGGGAUAAAGUGGACCCAGCAGAACUUUUUAGUAAAGCUCCUACAGAAAAGAAAGAAGCUAAUCCCAAACUGAAUAUGGUAAAAUUCUUACAGGUGGAAGGAAGAGGUUGUGACUAUAUUGUUCUGUGGCUGGAUUGUGACAAGGAAGGCGAAAACAUCUGCUUUGAGGUCCUGGAUGCUAUAGGUCCUGUAAUGAAUAAACCCCGUGGCAGUGAAAGGACAGUGUACCGAGCCAAGUUCAGCUCUAUUACAGACACAGAUAUCUGCAAUGCCAUGAACCACUUAGGAGAGCCCAACCACAAUGAGGCGCUAUCAGUAGAUGCCCGUCAGGAGCUUGAUCUGAGAAUUGGCUGUGCAUUUACCAGGUUUCAGACAAAAUAUUUCCAGGGGAAGUACGGCAAUUUAGACAGCUCACUCAUCUCCUUUGGGCCCUGUCAGACUCCAACAUUGGGGUUUUGCGUGGAGCGGCAUGAUAAAAUCCAGUCUUUCAAGCCUGAAACUUACUGGGUGUUGCAAGCCAAGGUUAACCAUGAAAAAGACACUUGUCUGACUCUGGAGUGGGACAGAGUGAGGGUAUUUGACAGAGAGGUUGCUCAGUUGUUCCUAAACAUAACAAAAGCAGCAAAGGAAGCAAAGGUAGAGUCUGUGAGUAAGAAAGAGAAGGCUAAACAAAGACCUUUGGCUCUGAAUACUGUGGAAAUGUUAAGAGUUGCCAGUGCUGCUUUGGGAAUGGGACCACAACAUACCAUGCAAAUAGCGGAACGGCUCUAUACUCAAGGCUAUAUUAGUUACCCCCGAACAGAAACUACCCAUUAUCCAGAAAACUUUGACUUGAAGGGCUCUUUGCGACAGCAGGCUAAUAAUCCUUACUGGGCAGAAACAGUAAAAGCAUUGCUAUCAGAAGGUAUUAACAAGCCGAGGAAAGGCCACGAUGCUGGGGACCAUCCCCCAAUAACACCAAUGAGAGCUGCCUCAGAAGCAGAACUAGGUGGUGAUGGGUGGAGACUGUAUGAAUACAUUACUAGGCAUUUCAUUGCCACUGUCAGCGCUGACUGCAAGUAUCUCCAAACAACCAUUUCUUGCAGCAUUGGUCCUGAACGGUUUACCUGUAUAGGAAAGACUGUUAUUUCGCCAGGUUUCACAGAGAUCAUGCCCUGGCAGAGUAUCCCACCAGAAGAGAGUCUUCCCAUUUGUGAAAGAGGAGAUGUCUUCCCCCUCAGUGAAGUAAAACUGCUGGAAAAACAAACCAACCCUCCUGAUUACUUGACCGAAGCAGAACUCAUCACUCUAAUGGAAAAACAUGGCAUUGGAACGGAUGCCAGCAUUCCAGUUCAUAUCAACAACAUUUGCCAGCGCAACUAUGUAACUGUGGAGAGCGGCCGCAGACUGAAACCUACAAACCUGGGCAUUGUUCUGGUCCAUGGCUACUACAAAAUAGAUGCAGAGCUCGUGCUUCCCACAAUCCGCAGCGCGUUAGAAAAACAACUCAACCUAAUCGCUCAAGGGAAAGCAAAUUAUCACCAAGUCCUGGAGCACACCCUGGAUAUCUUCAAAAGGAAGUUUCACUACUUUGUUGAUUCAAUUGCAGGUAUGGAUGAAUUGAUGGAAGUGUCUUUUUCACCACUCGCUGCCACAGGCAAACCUCUCUCCCGCUGUGGGAAAUGUCAUCGUUUUAUGAAGUACAUUCAGGCGAAGCCAAGCCGUCUGCACUGUUCUCACUGUGAUGAGACCUACAGUCUUCCCCAGAAUGGUACUAUCAAACUCUACAAAGAGCUGCGAUGCCCCCUGGAUGACUUUGAACUGGUGCUGUGGUCCUCUGGAUCCAGAGGGAAGAGCUACCCGUUAUGCCCAUACUGUUACAACCAUCCCCCUUUCAGGGACAUGAAAAAAGGAAUGGGCUGCAACGAGUGCACCCACCCCACAUGCCAGCACUCCCUGAACAUGCUUGGCAUUGGACAGUGCGUGGAAUGUGAGAAUGGAGUGCUGGUGCUUGACCCAACCUCUGGGCCCAAGUGGAAGAUGGCCUGCAACAAAUGCAACGUAGUAGUACACUUCUUUGAAAACGCCCACAAGGUACGAGUGUCGGCGGAGACCUGCGAGUCGUGCGAUGCAGCGGUGGUGGAUGUAGAUUUCAAUAAAGCCAAGUCUCCCCUCCCUGGCAAUGAGACGCAGCAUUCUGGCUGUGUGUUCUGUGACCCUGUCUUCCAGGACCUGGUCGAACUAAAGCAUGCAGCGAUGAAGCAUCCCAUGCACCGUGGAGGACAGGGGAAAAGACAGGGCCGAGGAAGAGGAAAAGGCAGGAGGCCUGGAGGAAGGCUAAAUCCAAAGAAACCAAAAGACAAAAUGGCAGCUCUGGCUGCUUAUUUUGUAUAAUAAUGACCCUCUCGGGUAACAAUUGAAUAAUAAAA